UAUUAUUGAACUUGUUUAAUAUGUUUAUUAUUAUGUUUAUUCCCUAAAGUAUUCAACACUACACAGUUGACUAUAAGAGAAAAGAAGACUAUUUAAUGCCUGGUGAUGUUUUUAUUGUUUUUCUGUUCUCUUUUCUUUUUGUUCUCUUUUCUUUUUGUUUCUGAGUGAUAAUGCAUUCAUUACUUGCAGUUACGCGCAUGCGCAGAACACCACUUUCGUUUUUGACGCUUAUCUUCUAACAGCAGAACAAACUAAUUUUUACACGUCACAGUCACAAUAAAACCAAAAUCAAAAUAUGCCUCCAAAAAAGUCUGGUAAAGCUCCAGCAAAAAAAAAUAAAUCUUCAAAAAAGAAAGUGAAAGCUAAUAAAGCUGGAGCAAAAGCAUCAGCUACUAAAAAGAAAGCGAAGAAGAAUACAGCAGUUAAAGGAAACAAAGCUGGACCUUCCAAACAGGAAAGAAAUCCAAAGCCAGUGGGUCUUAAUACUUCAAGUCUUUGUGCAGUGAAAGGAGGUGCAGGACAGAAGAACAGACCAAAUCCCAAUCCAGCACAAGACCAGAAUGAUGCAAAAAGAAUGAGGACAUUUCUGGCUAACAUGGCUGCUGCUCCAGCUCUGGCUCAACCCAUGGUGCAUGUUGUUCAUGUUCCUUUUCCAGUGGGUAACGUUACGUCUGGAAGGAGUGAUAUCUACCAGCCCUCAGCUGUACGACAGAAUAGAUUUUAUAAUGAUGACGUGACCAACAAUACUGCAGUGCCUGCACAGAGCCAUAAAAUAGACAACUCUCAAAUUGGAAAUGAGAACAUUACAGAUGAGAAUCUGCUGUUUUUAAAGAAAAAAGGUGUUCAGUUAAUUAACAGAAUAAAAAACGUCACUGAAAUCGUUGAUCACCUCGAUUUAACCGAGGAACAAGCGGCGAACGUGCGAGCAGAGAAGACAGAACAUCAGAAGAUGAGGAUGCUUUUGGAUUAUAUACGAAGCACAUCUGCUGCAGAGAAUCUAGUCUUAAGCUUGUGGCAGUGCGCAAGUGACGUCAUGAAAGACCUGAUUGACGAGUGUGAGCACACAUUUAACAUACUUAAUGACAAUACAACAUGUCUGGUCUGAUCUCAUCUUAUUUAGGCUAAAAAAACAUUUUUAGAAAUUGAAACAAAUCUUUCACAAAACCUUUUUAAUC